AUGGACGCAUCGGCGUACUUGCGGAAGCAAGGCUGGCGAGGUGAAGGCCACUCACUCGAUCACACCGACCGCGGGAUCAAAAGACCGCUGCUCGUCAGCAAAAAGGUCGACGUGCUUGGAGUCGGACUGAACAAGCACACUUCUGUCUCCGAUCAGUGGUGGCUGCGCGCUUUCGACCAAGGACUGAAAAAUUUGGGCAGUGGUCAAGAGAUAUCGCUUGCGCAGAUUCAGAAGCACGGCGUCUAUCGAGGGGGUCUAUAUGCGAAUUUUGUGAAGGGCGAAAAGCUUGAGGGCAGCAUUGGGAACAGCCUUCUUCCAACGCCGGACACAACUUCUGAGACAGAUACAGAGUCAAGCUCGGAGCAGGAGAGUACGAGCGAAAUGGCAGCCUCCUCCAUCCCACCGGAGGGUGAGUCUCGUAAGCGAAAAGCUCUCCACGAGCCUGACGAGAAGGCAACGAAAAUGGCGAGGGUGCCUGGCAAGAAACGCACACGGGAUGAGAAUGGGAAGUUGAUCAAGGAGCGCCCGAAGGAGGUGCGAGCUCGUCGCAAGCAGGAGAGAUCGCAGAAGCUCCGAGAGAAGAUGGCAAGCAUGCCACCGAAGGAGGUCGACCCAGCGCAGGCCGAGGCGAAACGAAUACGUGAGAGUGUUGACCGGCGGGCUGCGACGCUCGUUCGCGAAGCACAGCGUCGAGGUAUUAUUCCCCAGGGCCCGCAGGCCCCGCACAGAGGUCGUGGGGAUCCAGGCAUGACAGGAGCGAACGCCACGCCAAUGUCCGGCAAUCUCGACGCAGACCUGCAAGAAGUGGUCGAACGGGCUGGACUGCAGGACGGGUACAAGCCUCCUAAAAAGGGCGGAGGAUCAGAGAAGACGAAGAAACUCGACCGUCUGAAGGUCACCCGCGAGCUCAAGCGGGCAGCGAAAGCGUACAUCAUGAGUCAAGAGACGCCACAAGCACAUGAAGCCCUGGCGGCCCAGAAAGAGCGGGAGAAGGAGAAGAGGAGAGAAAGGAGGCUCAAAGAAGAGCAAAAGAAGGCGGCGGUGGAGCAGGUCGAGGCAGAGAAGAAGGCUGUGAAGGCCGCACGGAAAGCGCGUCACAAGGAAAGGAGGGAUGCGAGCAGAGCGGCCCGUGAUGCGGUGACGAUUGCGGAGUACCAAGAGGCUCUCGCUAAUGGCGAAAAGGUCAAGGCUAGGAUUGUAUUUCAGAACAUCCCUCCGAAGAAGCUCGAACGGUACCGAGAGCGAGCGAGCGAGAAGGGCAUGGAUUUGGAGCAGUACAUUCUGAGACGAGAAGAGAAGGCCGCUGCGAAGCGAACGUAG